AUGCCUGCCGGUACGCUCGAAAUAACUAUUGUCGAGGGACGUCGUUUAAAGGAUAAAGAUACUGUCGGCCAGAGCGAUCCUUUUGUUGAACUUUAUACACAAAAAAAUUGUAAACAACGCACAAGAGCAAUUCCAAAUACACAUGAUCCAGUAUGGAAUGAAGUAUUUACAUUCAAUAUACAUCCAGAAGACGAUACAAUUCAUUUUGAUGUUUAUGAUUCUGAUGUUGGUGACAAAGAUUUAAUUGGACGUGGUAAAGUGAAACUUAGUAAAGUAUUUGACGAUGGCACAUUUGACGAUUGGGUCAAGUUACCUGCUCAUUUGGGUUUGUCUGUUCAUGGAGAAAUUCAUGUAAUCAUGAAUUUUACACCAUCGUAA